UACCCACACAUAGACCAAACUACAUUCAAUAGUUCAAUACCUCUAGCUAUUGUAUACAAAAACAUGUCGAGGCGCAGUCUUGAUUUCCAAUACAGUCUCUCGAGGAAGAUCUCCCGCAAGCAAUCCAAACUGCCGAGCAUGCCAUCGACCAAGGACAGACAAAUCCCGAGAUCUGCUACCAGUUGCCAGAAAGUAUACCAGCCGAAUGUGGAGGAGAUGAAGCGGGUGUUUGACAAGUUCGACUCCAACAGAGACGGGAGGAUAUCAGUGGAGGAGUACAGGUCAGCGGCUCGGACUCUACUCGGAAAAGGGGCCGGGGAACCGGAGCUAAUCAAGGCAUUUCGGAUGGCUGAUGCAGAUGGGGAUGGAUCCAUCGACUUCAAGGAGUUCAUGGAGAUGCAGAACGUCGGUGGCGGGAUCAAGUCGUCGGACAUCGAGGGUGCCUUCCAUAUCUACGACUUAAAUGGUGAUGGAAAGAUAAGCGCAGAGGAGCUGUGGGACGUGAUGAAGAAGCUGGGAGAGAAGUGCAGCUUAGACGCCUGCCGGAAGAUGGUCCGGGAGGUGGACUGCGACGGUGACGGAUGCGUCAACAUACACGAAUUCACGAACAUGAUGACUCGCACCCUGAAACUAAGCCGCUAACUAUAGUAUUUCUUUGCAGAUCAGUUGUUUGUGAUCUUCUCUACUGUGUAUUUGUGCUAAGCCGAUGUUAGAAUAGAAUCAACCUCAGCUUAUUGAGUGAGAAUAACCGAAUAAAAGAAUCACCAUCAUUGUACGUACGUUGCAUACCGUUAUUUCAGUGAUUUAAUCAUUAUACAUUUCUGUC